AAAACUGUGGUCAUAUGUCAGUAAAUUCUUAAACACAAGCCCUGAACAGAGCUUUGAAAUUCCCGAAACCAAAACAUUCAGUUCAACUAAAAUUCUCCUGGAGCGGCCGACGCCCAGCCCUAAAGACAUCAGUAGCAGCACGGAUUCCAGAGAAAGCUAUGGGGAGAACAUGCUGAAGGUGGUCCCUCUGAGGAGCAGCCUGACGCCAAGCUCUCAGGACGACAGCAGCAACCAGGAAGAUGGACAAGAGAGUUCAAAAUGGAUGGACUCAGCAUCCAGCUCAGAAGAAGAGUGCACCACGAGUUAUUUAACGUUAUGUAAUGAAUACGGGCAAGAAAAAAUUGAUUCUGGCUCUCUCAAUGAGGAACCUAUGGUUAAAGUGGAGAGUCAAAGUCUGAAUAUUAAAGAGAAAAGUUCUUUAGAGAAAUGCACUGUUGUUAGCAGUGAUAGUUUCAGCUCUCACGUUCCAUCUCAGGAGCUAAAGCUUUUCAUUGAUGAUGCUGAAUCAGAAAUAGCCAGUCCUACUAGGAUAUUGGACUCGCUAACCAAAUCAAAGAAAAGCCCCAUGGAACUCUUCAGAAUUGACAGCAAAGAUAGUGCUAGUGAACUUCUGGGACUGGAUUUGGGAGAAAAAUUGUAUAACCUGAAAUCAGAACCUUUGAAGCCACUGUUCUCUAUGCCAGGUCAUGACAGAAGCUUGGAUGCCCUGGAGAACAAAAUGGGUAUGAGAGCUCAGGACACUGUAAGCAGGGGUUCAAACGACUCCGUGCCAGUUAUCUCGUUUAAGGAUGCUGCAUUCGAUGAUGUGAGUAGUGUUGAUGAAGGAAGGCCUGAUCUCCUGAUAAACUUACCUAGUAUGUCUGAUGCGACUGAGGAGGCAGCAGUGUCAAGGCCUGCCAAAUUUACAAAAACUGAUAUGGAUGUUUUAGAAGUAAAAUUAUUAGAAACACCCGAUGUCUUACAAUUGAAUAGCUCUGCAGAGCAAUGCAAAGCAUUUAAUCAAGAGCCAAAUCAUGUGACACCAGAACUGGGUGAUCCUUCCCCCAGGGAAGUAAAUGGACAAAGCGGUGUCACUCAGGGAGCUCUCGGGACCCUCUUUACUUCUGAACCAGAGGUAGGUAGUUCAGAAGACGGGGCUCUGUUUCAAGGGCCUGCAGCCUGUUCCGUAAACAUGACAAGCAAAGAAGAAAGUGUGUUUGUUUCCAACCUGCUCUCAGGUACUCAAGAUGUUAGCUUGGACAGAGACACGAUAAGAAACGAAGCAGUGUUGCUGUUUUCUGAUCAAACUGAAGACUUUGGGAAAGAGGAAACAAACCUGUCUUUGUUACCAGCUGCUGAAAGUGAACAGACAGCACCAAAGAGGGAAGACAAAGUAGCAGUAGCAGGGGAGAAGGAUAUACACCAAAUUUUUCAGGACCUUGAUGAAAGAUUAGCGAUAACCUCCAGGUUUUAUAUCCCAGAGGACUGCAUUCAAAGAUGGGCAGCUGAAAUGGUUGUAGCCCUUGAUGCUUUACAUAGAGAAGGAAUUGUGUGCCGCGAUUUGAACCCAAACAACAUCUUAUUGAAUGAUAGAGGACACAUUCAGCUAACGUAUUUUAGCAGGUGGAGGGAGGUUGAAGAUUCCUGUGACAACGAUGCCAUAGAGAGAAUGUACUGUGCCCCAGAGAGCCCCUUCUUAGUAUGCUUGAUACCUGUGAGAAAGACAGAAUUGCCUAGAGCCACAGACUAGUCGAGCCUGUUUGCAGCUGAAACAGAUUGUGUUGAGGAUUUACUCAUGAAGAGGAAUCUUUUAGGUACUUUUUCAAUCUAACCUGUAAAGCAGGAUGUUACAGUGGCUUGCUGGUCUAACCUAACACGUGGAUGCAAUUUGUGAACGAGGUGUUUUAUUUGCACUAAGUUCUCUUUCCAGCAGUGAGGCGAGUUCUGUCUUAUCCCUGUAGAGUUAUUAGAGGAUGAGAUUUCAGAGCUGUGUUUUCUUUGGAGUCCUUUUUCUUUCUUAUCCAAACCAUUAAUUUUCUCUGGAUUGUUUUUACUAAAAACUGGAGAUUUGUAAAGUCAAAGUGAGCUUAGAUUCAUUGAAAAUGCAAAUAGAAAAAGUGAGCUUAGAGUCAGUGAAAAUGUAAGUAGAAAACUGGCCAUCAGUAAUGCAUCAUGUUAGUCAGAUGCUUUCACAAGCUGUGUGCUAUAAUCAAGCCUUAUUUACACAAACUAGCCUUUGCAGAAGCCUGCACAGAAAUCUGAUAUAUUUGGUUAGAUCGAAACUGGUACUAAUUGUACACAAUGGGAAACCUAGCUAAAAAAAGAAGGCUUCGCAGGUAAAUGAUUUUGCCCCAAGCAGACCAAUACGUUUCAGUGUGCAACCUGAUUUUCAUACUCCCAAACAGUCUAUUUGUAGACAAUUGAAAAUACAGAUGCGAAGUGCAGCUGAUAACCUAAAACAUAUGGCAUUAAAAUAAAAAUUGCUAGCGUGCUAUUAUCAGAGUGAAUGCUAUAAUUUUUAUUUACUGAAGAAAGCAAAAAAUGGUCUGCCUCUAUUUACCAAAUAGAUAUCUGAUGUUGGAAAACCUGCACGUUAUGCGUAUGUGUUUUGCAGUAGGAAUCUGCAAGCACUCAUUAAAUUCUGCUGUUCUCUAUUAUAGUGGUUUAAUUUGGAGUACAGUGUUUAAGAAGCAAAAUAGCGGUGGUGGAUUAAAGUGCCAUUGACCCCGAGAGGUGUCGAGGGGUGGGUUGGUCUCACGGUUAGUGCGAGACUGGACUUCCUCGAUGUUAUCUCUGACUCUGUUGUAGCUUUUUGUGUGACGUUAAUGUUUCAGGAUGAUCCUAAAGAAAAAAAGGGUCGGGGAACGGGGCAGAUGAAUGGAUUUAGAGCAGCAAGUGUAAAAGGACAGGCUAUCUUGAUUUUAAAAGCUCUGACAAUAGGAAAUGGGACUGAACAUUAACGUGACGACUGUAUGGCCGUUGUGAAUAAGGAGGAAAAGUCUGAAGCUGCAGAAAAAGCAAUGAUGAUUGUGAAGCUGGGAGAAACGACUGUGCAACCCUUUGGGGGUGUGCAGCUCUCCAAAGACACCGGAGUGUCCCAAAGAGAACAAUAACAGCUGACUGCUCCCAAAAUAGCAAGCUGUCAUAAGCCUGGAGAAAGUAGUUGAAAGCAAAGGUUUGGAGAGGGCAGCAGGUAUUUUCUGAAAACGACACGAUGUGGCUGGGCACCGAGGCGUGCUGCAAGUACCCUGUGUGUUGUAGCUGAAAUAUCUUUUCCUUUGGCUUUUGCAGACUCUCUAGCUAGUAAGCAGUGAGAUGUACUGAGGCUGUUGAUUCUGUUGAUUUAUAAGAAUCUAGCCUUUUAAUCUGGCUGACAUAAAAGGCAUCUAACAACUCUGGAAGAAACUGAGGUUUACCUGCAAUUGUUUUCUGUUGCUGUUAUGUUUUAAUAAUGGAGCUGAAACUUGAAGGUAGUACAGAAGAUGCCUUUCGAAAAUAAAUGGAGAUGGCUGAAGGGUUAAACAGUGUUUGCUUUCUUUUGUUAAUGGAGCUGUAAAAGGUUUCUUUGUCUCUAUGGCCACCUGAUUAUUUUAAAGGAAGUUUUAAUUCCAUCUUGGGUUGCUAAGAGGACAAAA